AUGCUGGACGUUGUGGUUCUGCGGCCGGACGGCGGCUUCUGCAGGGAUCGUCAACGGGUCUCUCUCACGCCCUGUCUCUCUCUGUCUGUGCCUCCAUCUCCCCCCUCCCCCUGGCCACUGUCACGCGUAGGUGAACUCUGCGCCGCCGCGCGCAGGUAUCAGAUGUCAGCUAGUGCAUCGCCAACAAAAGAAGGGGAAGGAGGGCGAGGGAAGAGGCGGGAGGGGGCGAAGGAGAAGGAGGAGGGGGAGGGGGUGGAGAUGCGCUCCCUCGCUGCACGAGGCGCUCCGGCGCCGCCGCGACGGGCGGUGGCCCCCUGCAUCGUCUGCCCCCUGUUGAACCUGGGCAACACGUGCUACUUCAACACCGGGGUGCAACUGCUUGCGAACUGCAACUCCUUUGUCUACGGCCUGCGGAACUCCCCGUUCCGGCACCCCUCGCUCGGCCCCCGCGCCCUGAAGCUUUGCUGCAGCGGGGGAAGGGCGUCGCAGACCCUCUUCCAGGCCUUUGCGCAGCUGCUGUACGACAUGGAGUUUGUGCAGCUGCGGGGCCACGAGGCCCUCUCGCCGCUGAAGGCGCUCGACUGCCUGGCGGCCGUGCACUCCGCCUUUGAGGGAUACGGCGAGCAGGACUGCUCGGAGAUGGUUAGUGUCGUCGUCGCCAACCUCUCCGAGGAGGGGCGACAAAGGGUUGAGUUGGAGGCGCUGCUGCGCUCCUUCGAGGAGGACACCGCGGCGCUUGCGGCGCCGGACGCCGUGGACCGCGACUGCGCCUCGCACUCGCCGCCGAUCGUCGGCGUGGAUGCGCGUUCGGUGACGCAGGAGGACGCCGUGGGGGUGCUCGUCGGCGGCGAGGCGCGUAGUAUGUUCAGCUCCACCGACGUGGUGAAGGGCGACAAUCUCCCGCUGCCGCCACCGUUCCCCUGCUCCGCGCAGUCCCCCAGCCCGUUUUUCCCUUUCCCCGGUGAUUGGUGGACGUACAACACGCUUCGCCUCAUGCAGGCGGUAAACCACGACAAUGAGCAGCUGGAACGCAAGGCGAAGGCCAGAAGGAAUGAGCCCUACCGCAAUACAUUUCGCCCACCAAUGCUGCACUACAACGGUGUAACGGAUUGUUUUACCGGCUACUUGUUGUCGGAGGUUCGGUGUCACAACUGCGGUAGCACGUCCCGCAUCGUGGAGGAGUUUUCCUCCCUCGCCAUUGAUGUUGCCUCCUAUAGCCAGCGCAAGCAGUAUGCCCAGAGAUACCCGGAGGUGCAGCGUGCGGCCGGGGGCAGGGCCUCGGCCCAGCCGAAGAGCCGCUGGCGCUUCCAGUGGUGGAAUCCGAUUACGUGGUUUCUCCUAUUGAAGCACUCCGCGCUUAGCCUUCUGCGCUGGUUCACGCGGCGCAUUGAGUACCCCCUCACCUUGAAGGAGUGCCUUGACAUCCACUUCGACCCCGUCCUCCUGAAGGGAAACAACAAGUAUCUCUGCGACUCGUGUAACACCUUGUCGGAGGCGACCAAGCGAGACUCGCUCCUCACGCUCCCCGAGUAUCUAGUGCUGCAGAUGAAGCGCUUUGAACAUGGGAUUUGCUUCAACAAGAAGAAGACAGAUACUGUGGAGUUUCCCGUCUCAUGGGAAAUCGGCGCUGCCGCGAACGCGGAUGUGCUGGAGCUCAGUGAUUACAUGCACGACAGCGUCUCUUGCUCCGCGACGUCCUCCGCGCGGUUUCAGUCAUUCCUCGGCACCGACACCGGCACCUCUGCGACGGAGGCGGCGACGACGACGACGACGACGACGAAUCCGGGGCAGACGCAGCGCACAAUGAGCUCAAACACGGAGGGCGUGGAGGGAGACGCGCCGGGGAUGCAGUCCCCCGUCCACACCUACACCCUGGAGGGUGUCGUGGACCACCGCGGCUCCAUCAUGGGCGGGCACUACAUAGCCUACGCCCACAAAACGAAGGAGCGGCCCGUGUGGCUGCGCAUAAACGACGAUGAAAUGGACAUCGUGGACGUCGGCGAGGUGGCGGACGCCAAUGAGUACCUCCUGCUCUACAAGAAGCAGCCUCUCACCCCGCGCCCGCAGGCCGUGCUGAGUCUCCGUCAGAAGGCGCAGUCCCUCCUCGCGAUACCGCCCGCCGAGGGGGAACUACCGCCGUGCGGCGAAGCAACGGCCCGCGCGAAGGACACGGGGCGGACAGACGCGGACGAGGUGGUGUACAUCUCCCGCCCCUGGCUCCAGCGGAUGGCGUUCAUGGAGGAGCCGGGGCCGAUUCUCAACCGCCUCUGCUACGGCACCGGGGACCGCGAGGACCACGCGGCCGCCCUGCAGCAGCAGGAGCCUGCGUCCGAGGGCCGACGGGGCCGAAGUGCGGGUAGCUUUCCCGUUGGGUGGUUUUACGUCCCGUUGCGGCGCGAGGAGUACGACGCAUUUUACAAAAUGUACGGAGGCAACCGCGCGGUGGGGCGGGAGGAGUACGAGGCGCUGUACGAAGCGCAGCGCAAAGUAGUAUAG